AUGGACUCAGUGGCCUUUGAGGAUGUGGCUGUGAACUUCACCUGGGAGGAGUAUGCUUUGCUGGAUCCUUUCCAGAAGAAUCUCUACAGAGAUGUGAUGCAAGAAACCAUAAGGAACCUGGUCUCUGUAGGAAAAUGGGAAGACCAGACCAUUGGAGAUCAGUACAAAAAUCCCCCCAAAAUCUAA